AUGGUGACUGAAAAUGGCGGCCCCGGCGCGCUCGCGAGCUUGGUCCGGGUGGCGACGGGCAAGCGCCGCGCCGCGGCCGCCGGCGGGGAGAAAGGCAGCGGUCGACGCGCUCGCUAUUGCAGAUCACAAGCCUCUGGUAAAGUAAUAAGUGGAGAGGAACAUUUUUCAAGCAAAAAGUGCCUGGCUUGGUUUUAUGAAUAUGCAGGUCCCGAUGAAGUCGUGGGGCCCGAAGGAAUGGAAAAGUUCUGUGAAGACAUCGGUGUUGAGCCUGAAAAUAUUAUUAUGUUAGUUUUAGCCUGGAAACUAGAGGCUGAAAGCAUGGGAUUUUUUACCAAGGAAGAAUGGUUAAAAGGAAUGACCUCAUUACAGUGUGACUGUACAGAAAAAUUACAGAGUAAAUUUGACUUCUUGCGGUCACAAUUGAAUGACAUUUCAUCUUUUAAGAAUAUCUACAGAUACGCCUUUGAUUUUGCAAGGGAUAAAGACCAGCGAAGUCUUGAUAUUGAUACUGCAAAAUCCAUGUUAGCUCUUCUGCUUGGAAGAACUUGGCCACUGUUUUCAGUAUUUUAUCAAUACCUGGAGCAAUCGAAGUAUAGAGUUAUGAACAAGGAUCAGUGGUACAAUGUGCUAGAGUUCAGCAGAACUGUCCAUGCAGAUCUUAGCAACUAUGAUGAAGAUGGUGCAUGGCCUGUACUUCUGGAUGAAUUUGUUGAAUGGCAAAAAGUUCGUCAAGCGUCAUAGCAAGAAUUCAAAAGAAAAUGCAAAAGUUUUUUUUUGGUGCCCGCCUGUACACAAACUAAUGAGAAAAACAAAGGAUUGCAUUUUCAUUCUUAAGAAAGACUUUACAGUAAUUUUUUUUCCUUUUUUAAGGAAAUUUUCUUGUUAUACGUGAUAUGGGCAUUGAACCACACCUCUUCUGAGACUGAAAGUUGGAGUUCUUGUUUUGAGUCUUAUGUUUAUAGCAUUUAUUUCAGAACAAUAAAGAUUCAGAUUUGUGACAAAGGC